AUGUCCACAUCUUCUUCCUCCGCUAUUCGUCUUCGUGUACCCUCCGCGCUGCGCUCAUCCUCAUCUUCUUAUUCUUCUCAGUCCAAUCACACCACCACCAACAGCAGCAACAACCAUGACGACACCGAUUUAUCCCCUCCCCCUAUUGCAUGGCUCACUGCCUCUUCCUGGAAUGUCACCUACUCGACUCUGCCCAUGUGGCGCGCCAAACGAAACGUGCGGAUCACAUAUGGGUUGCUCUCAGCAAUCAACAGGCAGAAUGCACAAGAAACAGCAGCAGCAGCAGCACGUCUCUCCAAUCUGGUUACUUAUCAAAGCCUGACGUCCUCCAAAGUGCGAUCAGUCCGUGGCGUGGACCGUGCCGAAGUGUCGACGAGAGCAGGAGCAGGAGCAGAAGCAGAAGCAGAAGCAGGGAUCUGGUCCUGGCACUGGCGCGGAUCGGGCUGGUUGAAAAUCGCCUCGUCACGAUGGGAGAUCCUCGGGUAUGGAGCUGCAUCUGCAUGCGACUCUGAGACUGAGACUGACUGGAUGGUGACGUACUUUGCGCGCACGCUGUUCACGCCCGCCGGUAUCGAUGUCUAUUCGCGACCCCGGGCGGCUGUGUCUGAGCAGCUGCUGGAGGAGAUUCAGCGCGCGUUGAAGGAGACGGGAGAUGUUGUGUUGACUAGGUUGGCUGAUCAGUUGUUUCUGGUUAAGCAUGACGAUGACGAUGAUGAUGACGAUAACAGUGUUGGUGCAUCAUGA